CGGCAGCCGGAACGGGCGCCGCGGGCGAUGGGGAACGUUCCGAGCGCCUGCAGCGACGACGAGGAGCUUGAGGGCCCGGCCGGGGGCGGCGCGUCCCCGGGGCCCGGGCCGGGGGCGGCCGUGGCGGGGCCGGGGACGGCCGGCUCCGACGUCCCGGGCCCGCGGCGCGGCCCGGGGCCCGCCGGCCCCUCGGCGGGCAGCCUGCCCGGGGCGCCGGCGCUGCUGGAGCCCGGGGCCCUGCGGGAGGCGGCGGCCCGCCUGAGGCCCGGCUCGGCCCCGGCGUCGGGGGAGGCGGAGCGGCCGGUGCUGCAGCGCUGGCUGGAGGAGCGCCGGGCCCGCGGGGACGUGGUGGUGGGCGCGGAGGAGGUGCGCGAGGCGCUGGAGGCCCGCGGGGCCCUGGAGGAGAUCUAUGGGCAUUUUGACAUAUCCUGGGAGGACACCGUGGAUGUGGAGAAAGUGCUGGAGAACCUCAGGAGCAUUAGGGGCACCAGCCUUCCCGGGGAGCUGAGCAGCGUCACCCGGCAACUGCAGGCCUGCUCCCUGGUGCCUGGUUUUGUGGACAUCUUCUCUGAAUCCAAAGAGAGCCUGGGGCUCCACUCCUCCAUGAUCUUGCGGUUCCUCCACCAGAACCGCAUCACAAGCAUGGCGCUCCCUUACCCACCUCUGGAUUAUUGCCACACCAUCUGUGCCAUGAGGUCGUCUGUGCUGAGAGAGGCUCUGGAUCAGCUCGUGCAGAAGGACAAGGAGGGCCCCGGCGAGCUGAGUGGGAGCCCCGAGGCAGAGCAGCUCAAGGCCGUGGCCAAGUGCUACACGUCCAUCGAGACGUCGUCCAACUCGGCCGACAUCGACAAGAUGACCAAUGGAGAGACGUCUUCCUUUUGGCAGUCGGACGGCAGCGCCCGCUCACACUGGAUUCGUUUAAAAAUGAAGCCGGACGUCGUCCUCAGGCACCUGUCCAUCGCCGUGGCGGCCAGCGACCAGAGCUACAUGCCACAGCAGGUCACCGUGGCGGUGGGAAGGAACGCCGGCAAUCUCCAGGAGGUCCGAGACGUUCACAUCCCCAGCAACGUCACGGGCUAUGUGACGCUGCUUGAAAACGCAAACAUUAGUCAGCUGUAUGUCCAGAUUAACGUGAAGCGUUGUCUCAGUGACGGGUGUGACACCAGGAUUCACGGGCUCCGGGCCGUGGGCUUCCAGAGAGUUCGGAGAGGUGGGGUCUCCGUAUCAGACGCCUCCGCCAUCUGGUACUGGUCCCUCCUGACUUCUCUGGUGACGGCGUCCAUGGAAACGAGCCCAGUGUUUGUUCAGACCAUUCUGCAGAACACCCAGAAGGCACUGCAGCACAUGCCUCCGCUGUCUCUGGCACCGGCGUCGACCGACGGGGCCAGCUUCCUGUCUCCAAGCGUCCUGGGCGAGGUGGACAGCUUCCUGCUGAGAAUAACCAGUUGCUCGGCUAACCCGGAGGUAGAGCUGACCCUGCUGGCCUUUGCUCUGGCCAGAGGCAGUGUCGCCAAAGUGCUCAGCUCUCUGUGUGCCAUCACUGACCACUUGGACACCCCCUACCAGGCCUCGGCCCUGAUUUCAUCCAUGGCCACUGUCCGGCAGAAUUUGCUUUAUAAAUAUGGCAGGAUUCUGCAGCCGACUCUUCAGGCGUGCGACGUCAAAGGGAAGGGAGACAAGUCAGGGCCAGAAAACCUCCUGGCGGAGCCAUGGACUGGAGAUGGUUUUCUCACAGAAACGGGCAAGACCAGGGCGAGCAUCAUUUUCUCCACGGGCACGGAGGCGGCCUUCCAGGUCACGCAGCUGAGGAUCAAGGUGCGACGUGGGGCCAUUGGGGCCCAGUGCGGACUGGUGUUUGCUUAUAAUUCUUCCUCGGAAAAGUUCCACGCCGAGGAGCACUUCCGAAGGUUUGAGCGAUACGACACAUGGAAGACUCGUGAGUUCAGGCAGUUUUUAAAAAGCAGGGUGGGCGGCUCCUCCGCAGACCUCAGUGAGGACGAGCCCGCCGGCUGGUUUGAAGCUGACGAAGACUGGGAUGAGGUGGACGUGAAGAUGCAGCAGUGCCGGGUGGCCAAGUAUCUGAUGGUCAAAUUCUUGUGUACGCGGCGGGAUUCAGCUGAGCGCUUGGGCGUCCAGGGCCUGAGCAUGUACGGCUACUUGCGCCCGGCUGGCCUGGAGCUUGACCCAAGCACAGACUGCGCCCGUUGUGAUCCCGAAGCUGACCGCAUCUGUGGGAUGACUCUGCUCCUGAAGACACUAGCCUUCGUCCAGCAGCUGGCCCAGGACCUGGCACUGCAGAGAGAAAGCGGCUUCAGGCACAAACCACUGCUGGACACGGCCGGCCUCGGCCUGCCGCUCUUCUGGGGCUUCUACAGCAAGCUGGAGGCCAGGCCAAGAGAAGAGUGCGUCCUGGCACGGAUCAUGCUGCUGAGGCUUCUCCAGAGCUGUUUGUCCGAGCUCACGGCAGACCCCCAGCCCACGGCAGCCCGGGGCUCUCCGCCAAACCCACAGACUGCUCCUGAGGAGCUGUACACACACCUAUGCCAAGUGGUGGACCAAGCGGGUGAUGACUCUCUGCCAGUGAGAAGACUCCAGGAAGAGGUGAGGAACACGCUUCUCCAGGGAGCAGCUGUCUUCUUCCCUGAUGGCCAUGCCCGGCGGCGCCAUCUCUUUACCAUGAUGAGGAACAUCAGUGAGCCGGAGCAGAAGCCAUCUGCGCACCUCACCUUCAUGUCCUUGUGCACAUAUUUCAGUGGCUGCAACCCCGGGGGCCUGCUGCUGCUCCCAGAGAAAGGAGGCACCAAGGGGCUGGACGUGCAGGAAGUGCUGGCCGUCAUGGACACGCUGCAGGCAGCGGCUGCCCGGGAGUGUGACCUACUGAUGCUUGGCACGGCCCCAGGGGAGAGCAGCCCGGCCUUGUUCUCCCUGCUCUGGUCUGUGCAGGGGAGCCUGCUGGGCUGGUGCUACCUGCAGCUCAAGGGCAGCGAGCCACAGGCCAAGAAGCUGGCCGCCGAGAUGGUGGAGAGCUAUGUGGGACAGUUCCUGGCCAGCAUGAGGGUAGUUCUGCGGUCACUUUUGUCCCAGUACAGUGGAAAAACAAUAUUAGACAAGCUAUGUAACUCCGUGUUUGCCACGGCCGCUCGUCAGCUGGCCAUCUUCCUGCUGGACUUCUGCCCCCUGGACAUUCCCCACCUGGCGCUGCUCAGGGAGUUCAGCACCUUGACAGACCUCUUGAAGAACCUCUGCGGCGACCCUGAGGACGGGCCCAAUAAAAUGGACAUGGAGAGCUGGCAGCAGGAGCAGCCGGUGGUCCUGAACACGUGGGCCAUGGAGUCUCCUCAUAAUUACGAGAACAACUCUCACGACGUGGCCGUCUUCCUGAGCCCAGGGGCCACUGCGUUCGAGGUGGAGUUCGAUGACAAGUGUGAAACGGAGACCAGGUAUGACUACCUGGAGUUCACUGACGCGCGUGGACAGAAGACACGCUACGACACCAAGGUCGGCACGGACAAGUGGCCCAAGAAAGUGACCUUUAAGGCGGGCCCCCAGCUGCACUUUCUCUUCCACUCCGACAGCAGUAACAACGAAUGGGGCUACAAGUUCACCGUCACCGCCUAUGGCCUGCCCGAUGUGGCUGUUUCCUGGGGCCUGGACUUACAGCUCCUGGUAUCCAGAUUGAUGGGGCGCCUGGCUGCCCAGUGUCUGGCCUGGAGGACUGACCAGUUAGGGGAUGAUAUGGGGCUGCCUGUGGCCAAGGUGACGGCCGUCCUUCAUUCCCCUUUGUGGAAGCCAGUCUUCAGGCACCAGCUGUGCCCAGAGGGACUCCCGGGAGCCCGAGGGCCCACUCUUCCGCCCCAGGACAGCAAAGAGCUUCGCAGCGCUCAGGCCACCAGCUGCCGCGAUCUCCUCAUGGCCUUUGCACAAUCAGACCCUGCCCAGGGCUUCUGUGGGCAGAGCCCUGAGCUUUUCCAAGGACUCACACAGGCAUGUAAAAACCAAGCCCCGCAGACAGAUAGCGUUGCCGGUUCCGCAGUGGAUCGAGCCGUGAACGCCACCUUUGCCGCGUUGGUGUAUCUCACGCCGCAGUUGUAUGAGAAGCUGCAGAGCUAUGUUAACAGUGGGGGCCAGGCAGUGCUGAGUGAGGAGUUUGCACAGGUGUAUGCCCUGGCCGACGGGAUUAGGGUGUGGAUGUUAGAAAUGAAGCAAAAAUUCCUUCUGGACAAGGGAGAUGAGACGGAGGGAGAGCCGUGUGCUGAGGUGCCGGAGAUGAACCCGGAGAGCCUGGCCAAACAGUGUGUUCAGAAGAGUCUCUUGUUGCUGCGCUUCCUGCCGGGGGGCGUGAGCCCCAGAGCAGGUCCUGAGGACACGGCAGCAGGCCAAGACGAAGUCACAUCCCCGCGGCUUCAGGGGCAUGUGCAGAGGGCCAGCUCUGUGGUGGAGGAGCAUUUGCAGGCCUCGGGGCCUGACAGCUCUCCGGCCUCUUCGGGCAAGGCCCUGGAAAGGAGCGCAUCACAGCAGGAAGAUGCAGUUUCUCCUCCAUCCACACCAACACGCAAACCAGCCUUUGGCCGGGGCCGCCUGAGGCUCCUCUCCUUCAGAUCUGUGGAGGAGGCACGGCUGGUGCCCACGGUGACUGAGAAAUACCCCCUCCUCAAGGACGUGAUGGACUUCAUUAAGGAGCAGGCGCUUUCCCAUGAAAGCGUUUUGAAGGUUCUUUCUCUGAAGAAAGCCCAGGCCCAGAGCAUCCUGGACGCCCUGCAGGCAAGCCAGCAGUGCCUGGGGCUCCUGGGGCGGCCUCACUGCUUCCACCCCGCCUGCGUCCUCUUCCUGCUCGAGCUGCUCACUUGUCAGAAGGACUUUACCAACUAUUUUGGAAACUUGGAAGGCUGUGGGGCAGGGCUGCACAGAGAGAUCCAACGUGCCUACUACCAGCUGGUCCAGUUCCUGGUGGACGCCGUGAAGGGUUUCAGCACCCUGAAAGACAGGUCACUGCUCCCUGCCUUGUCCUGCGUCCAAGCGUCCUUGCUCCACCUUUUGGAUAUGGGCUGGGGACCCAGUGACCUCCCCUUCUUGGUGGACAUCCAGCUGCCAGAGCUGCUCAUGACUAUGUCCCAAGAAAACAUCAGUCUCCAUGACAGUGUGAUUUGCCCGUGGAGUGAGGAGGAUGAGAUGGCUGACUACAAACAGACGUCGGAGUGGAUGGAGGAGUGCCAGGACGGAGCGUUUGAGGCCUGGUAUGAGAAGAUUGCGCAGACGGACCCCGACAAGCAGAGGAAGAUGCACAUGUUCAUUGCCCGCUACUGUGACCUGUUAAAUGUGGACAUCUCAUGUGACGGGUGUGAUGAGAUCGCCCCCUGGCAUCGCUACCGCUGCCUCCAGUGUCACGACAUGGAUCUCUGCAAGACUUGUUUCUUGGGCGGGGUCAAGCCGGAGGGCCACGAGGACAGCCACGCCAUGGUGACCAUGGAGUAUGCCUGCGACCACUGCCAAGGGGUGAUCGUCGGCCGCAGGGUGAACUGCGACGUGUGUGAUGACUUUGACCUCUGCUAUGGCUGCUACUCAACCAAGAAGUACUCAGACAGCCAUUUGCCCAGCCACGGAGUCACAGUCUACCCCAUGGUGACGAUUCGCACGAGUGACCACCAGAGGCUCAUCCAGCCCUACAUCCACAACUAUUCCUGGCUGCUGUUUGCCGCCCUGACGCUGUACACCGCCAACCUGGCUGGCGGGCAUGAGGUAGAAGGGGAAAGGCUGGACCCAGAGGCUCAGCAGGCCGCUGCUGCCCUACGGGAUCAGUGCCUGCAGCUCAUCGGAGACUGCCUGGUGAAGGCGCAGCGGGAGAGAGAAAAGGAGGUGACCGCCAUCGGCCCUUUCCGAGAUGGUGCCACGGGCACGGUGGAAGAGAAAACUGCCGAGAAGACGGGCAGGGCAGACCCCGCAGUGGUGCCCAGCCAAGGCCAAGGAGACGCGAGAGGCGAAACCCUCUCUUUAGCAGGCAGCCCGGCCAGUCUGGGAGACAAGAGCUCGUCUUCAGCGAAAGCGCCGUUGGGCCCAGCCUCGCCAGCUUCAGAGAAAGCCCCGGACACCUGUGAUGACCCAGGCCUUCCAGGUACGUCUGCUUUGAAAACAGUGGAGGAAACAAUCAUGCCCCUGAGCCCCGAGCAAGUGUUUGCAGAAUGUUCCCAGAAGAGAAUCCUGGGGUUGCUGGCUGCCAUGCUGCCCCCCUUACAAUCAGGCUCCACCAUCUCCUGGGCAAACCUGCAACACAUUCUGCCCCUGAUGUUCCAAGUCGUGAUCUCGAAUGCAGGCCACCUGAACGAAACUUACCACUUGACCCUAGGCCUGCUGGGCCAGUUCAUCAUCAGGCUCCAGCCAGCAGAGGUGGAUGCUGCAGUGGCCAAGGCCCUCUCGGCCAAACACACCCUGUUUUCAGCAGGGGAUGGGUCUGCUGUGCCCGAAGGCUGGAAGACUGUUCACCUGCUUUUCAGCCUGGGAGCCGUGUGCCUGGACAGUCGCGUGGGCCUGGACUGGGCGUGCUCUGUGGCCGACAUCCUGCGUGCCUUGCACGACUGCCCCCAGUGGCACGGUGUGGCAGCAGCUUUCACGGAGAACUGCCUCAAGCAGCUUCCCUUCCGGCUGAAACACACCAACAUCUUCACUCUGCUCGUGCUAGUGGGCUUCCCCGAGGUGCUGUGUAUGGGCGCACGCUCCGUGUACCUAGACAACGCCAAUGAGCCUCACGAUGUCGUCGUCCUGAAACACUUCACGGAGAAGAGCAGGGCCGUUGUCGUGGAUGUCAAAACCCGCAAACGGAAAACAGUCAAGGACUGCCAGCUGGUGCGGCCAUGUGGCCCAGGAAGCGUGGCCUCCUCGCAGACACCAUCGCCGCUGAGCGCACACCUGCCGUACUUCACCUUCAUAAGCAGCCACCUGCUGCAAAGCAGCCUGGACAAGGGCUGCUCAGAGGUUGUGGAGGCCACCUGGGUGCUGUCCUUGGCCCUCAAAGGCUUAUACAGAACCUUGAAGGUGCACAGCUUUGAAGAGAUGCAGGCGGCCUUCCUGGAAUCAGGCUUACUGAAGCUGCUGGUGAAGAAGUGUAGCCGUGGCACCGGCUUCAGUAAAACAUGGCUCCUGCGCGACUUGGAGAUCCUGUCUGUGCUCCUGUACUCGUCCAAGAAGGAGCUGAGCAGCACGGCCCCACGGGAGCCCGGGGCUGGGCCCCUGCCACCAGGCAGCCCUCCGGGGGAUGAGGGGCACGGCAAGCCCGACCCACUUGAAGGCCUGGACGAGGCCACCAAGGUCUGCUUUCUGAUGACUCACGACGCCCUGAACGCCCCCUUGCCCAUCCUCCGGGCCCUGUAUGAGCUACAGAUGAAGAGGACAGAUUCCUUCUUUCUGGAGGUUCAGAAGAGGUUUGACGGAGAUGUGAUCACCACGGAUGAGAAGAUCCGGAACCUGGCCCAGAAAUGGCAGCCCCGAAAGCCCCUGCAGCCGGAAGAGCUGAGCGCGAGAGCUGUGGACACCGACGUGACCGUUCUGCCCUGCUGGCAGUCGAAGCCCGCGGCCUGCGACCGAGCAGCUGAAGAAUCCGACCCCGUGACCCAGAAGCUGAUCGCCAGCACUGAGAGUGACCUGCAGCUCAGCUACGCCAAGCAGCGGCGGGCCAAGAGUGCCGGACUCCUACACAAGGAGCUGGGCUCCCGGGCCAAGACUGCUGCACGCUCCUACCUGCACCGCGUGAAUGAGGCCACGGCCGUCCUCUACGCCAGGCACGUGUUGACCUCCCUCCUGGCCCAGUGGCCGGAGCCCGUACCCAUCACCGCCGACAUUCUGGAGCUCAGCAGCCCAGCCCAGAUGGCCUACAUCCUGGACAUGCUGAUGCAGCUGGAGGAGAGGCAGCUGUGGGAGAAGAUCCUGCACAAAGUGCUCCACAGCUGCAGUGAGGACAUGCUGGGCCCUGUGGCACUCACGGCCUGUCACUUCAUGGAGGAGCCGGGCACGGCCGUGCAGGUGUGCGAGUCCAAGCACCCCUAUAAGAACAACACCACCUUUGAGGACAAAGUUCACAUUCCUGGAGCCAUCUACCUGUCGAUUAAGUUUGACCCUCAGUGCAGCACAGAGGAGGGCUGCGACGAGCUCGCCGUGUCCAGCAGCAGCGACUUCCAGCAAGACCGCCACAGCUUCAGUGGCUCCUCCCAGAAAUGGAUAGACUUUGAGCUGCCAGGAGACACACUCUACUACAGAUUUACUUCUGACAUGAGCAACACGGAGUGGGGCUACAAAUUCACCGUGACGGCGGGACAUCUCGGGAGAUUUCAGACAGGAUUUGAGAUUUUGAAGAGGAUGUUGUCAGAGGAAAGGGUUAUUCCCCACCUGCCCCUGGCAAAGAUCUGGGAGUGGCAGGUGGGCGUGGCCUGCCGCCAAACUGGGCACCAGCGCCUCAAAGCCGUCCACUUACUUCUGAAGAUGGUGCAAUGCAGCGCCCCCGGUGGCCUCUGUGACCUCACCUUGCUCAGGCCUCUCUGGCAGCUUUUUGCCCAGAUGGAAAAGGGCUUGUGCCAGGACGUGAGUCAGCCCGGCAUUCUCCUGCCCCUGCACCGAGCCCUCACUGAGCUCUUCUUUGUUACUGAGAACAGAGUGCAGGAACUAGGCUCCCCCCAAGACUACCUGCUCGCCUUAACGACGGACGACUACCUUCUCUGCUGUACGGCCCAGGCUUUGAGAAACAUUGCGGCCAUCAGUCUCGCCAUCGACUACCCAAACAAAUCAACCAGUGUCGGGAAGGGCUAAGGGUGCUGCUGGCCCCUUGGCAGAAUGCUGCGCUCCUGGACGCAGGCCAGCAAGAAGGGUCAUUUCUGAGAGGCCUUCCUUCUCUGGGAGAGAGCCCUCGGCCUUUGUCCGAGUGGCCAUUUUUGUUUCUUCAGGCUGUGCUGGCUGGCAGAGUGAUCCUUAGGGGCCCAGCCCCAGAGUGACCCGUGGGCAGACAAGUGACCUUCCAAGAACCAGACACCAGGGUGCUGGGGCCACGGUGUCUGAUGGCAGCCAAGCUUCCCCCCCACACACACCCCCCGCCCUGCCCCGGCCCCCCAGAGCAUUUCACUUGUGCACGGCUCCUCUUGACCAUCUCCUUACACCAAGACACCUGGGAGGAAGCAGGGCUCACUUAGGGGCCGACGAAAGCCAGCCCCUCUUCUGAAAGCAUAAAGAAUUGUCUCCAUUUCCCCCUCUCCGGGACUGGCGGUUUCAGAUUUCCUAAGGGGCGAUCUUGAGCCAUGGACGUGGACGUUCUGAACUUGGCAGUACGGCAAUAAUUGGGGUGGUCCACGGGGACCAUGUGUUGGUUAUGAAAGGGCAGCAUCCCAGCAGGGGGUGUUUGUUGAAUCACUGCUAGUGGGACAUGGGUAAUGCGCCUGCUGUGUCACCCAGGGCGAGACUCCAGGUCCAAGGCCACUGGGUCUUUGUGUGUCUUCCUUCCCCCAUCUGCUCUGCACAGUCCAAAGCCUGAUUUUGUGAGGCUUGUGUCCAGGUCGGUGACACUGAAAGCAGUGGUGUGGCCAGAGAGGCCUUGGCCCCAAAUCUGAAGAGACCUCGGGAAGACAGGGCUUUCUGUCUGCCCCCUGCUAGUGGCCACCACGCAUGGGCUUGUGAGUACUCUGUCCCCCUUAGGUCCCCUGGUCAGGCGGAGGUGCCUGAGCUCAGCACGGCUUGCAGGGCAGGAGCCAAGGGAUGGGGCGCCCUGCUCAAACCACCUCAGGACCUGGGCAGGGACCUUUGUUCUUUCUGACAUCCAGAAGAUCUCUUCAUGAGGUUGUUGCCACUCCAUUGCUUUUUAUGUCGGGUUGGGGCAGGUAUAGGAAAGCAAAGCAGCGCCCCCUCCCAUUGUCCAGUCACCCCCUGCCCAAGUGAGUAAUGUCCUCACAACCUUCCUCGACAGUCACUGUCCAGUUCACACUGCCUUAUAGCUGACUUCUGGGAUUGUUCCUGACUUGGACUGGGACCAAGGUGGAUUCGUGAAGACCCGUGUUCUUUGGCCCAUCCAUUGAUGCCUGUGGGGGAAGGGGAGAUGCAGGUAUUGCUGAGAGGUUUGCUAGAAAUAUGUGCCUAAUGAAGAUUAAAAUGAUUCUUUGUUCUGAAUCAUUUACGGUGUAAAAAAAAAAAUUAUCCUGCUAAUGAAACGCGACUUAUUUUCAUUAAACACAGUUUUAGAUUUCUUUUCUUACGGGUUUCCUAUUUGGGAUUUUUAUUUGGUUGAAAAGAAAGCAUCGAGAUGAUACCAAUUGAAUUCAGCCUGUAAAAAGAAAAUUAUGGGUAUAUUAUACAAAUGAAGAGAAACCUAUUGUAAAAAUUCUAUAUAAAAAAGAACAA